AUUAAUCACCACAACCUUUUCAUAAUCUACUUACCUUACCUUACCUUUACAAACACACAGUUUUUCAUUUCAUAUAAAAAGCCAAAAUUUCCCUCACUGACAAGAAAGGCACAAAACUCACACAAUAUCUAUCUUUCAGACGUUGCUAUAAGUGUACCAAACAAAGUAUAAACCACCAUAUACAGAUACAUAUCUGCAUAUCCACCCUUUUCUUUCUAGUUUCUAUUACUAUACCUCAUCUUUCAAACCAGAUCAAAAACUCCAUUAACUCCUCCUAUCUUAGCCUAGCCCUUUUCUACUAUAUAUAUAUAUAUACAAACACACACACACACUCUUGUGAGUGUUGUUUUGAAUAUAGUUGAGAAGAUAUGAGAGGAGGUAUUUGUAGUAUACAGCUUCAGGCUCUUACACCUGAGGCUGCAACUGUUGUUAAGCAAGCUGUGAAUCUUGCCACAAGAAGAGGUCAUGCACAAGUCACUCCUCUUCAUGUUGCUAGUGCCAUGCUUGCAACUUCCACAGGUCUUCUCCGAAAGGCUUGUCUUCAGUGUCACUCUCAUCCUCUUCAGUGCAAGGCUCUUGAGCUUUGUUUCAAUGUUGCACUCAACCGUUUGCCAGCUUCCACUUCGAGCCCUCUUUUGGCUCCUCAAUAUUCCUCCCCUUCACUUUCCAAUGCCUUGGUUGCAGCCUUCAAACGUGCGCAGGCUCACCAGCGCCGUGGAUCUAUCGAGAACCAGCAGCAGCAUAUCUUGGCCUUGAAGAUUGAGGUGGAACAGCUCAUAAUUUCCAUUCUCGACGACCCCAGUGUGAGUAGGGUCAUGAGAGAAGCUGGUUUCUCAAGCACCCUUGUGAAAACCAGGGUUGAACAAGCUGUUUCAAUGGAUGUUUGUUCACAAAAGGCUCCUAUCACAGAAAGCACUAAGCCUCAUCAAGCUGUUCUUGGUGAUGUGUCUCCAUCUAGACCUUUUGUUGGGGGACAAUUUUUCAAGCCUUUAGACCACCAUGUUCACAAUGAUGAUGUAACUAGUGUGUUGAGUGAGUUGGUGAGGAAAAGAAGAAACACAGUUAUUGUGGGGGAGAGUGUGAGCAUUGCUGAGGGAGUAGCUAGAGGGGUGAUGGAGAGGUUUGAGGUAGGGAAUGUUCCUGGUGAGUUGAGGUAUGUGCAAUUUGUGAGCCUUCCUCUUAUGUGCUUCAGAAACAUUAGCAAGGAGGAAGUUGAACACAAGGUUAUGGAGGUUAGAAACCUGGUGAAGAGCUAUGUGGGAAGAGGGGUUAUUCUUUAUUUGGGUGAUCUGAAGUGGUUGUUUGAGUUCUGGACAAAUUAUUGUGAGCAAAAAACAAACUAUUACUGUUCUGUGGAGCACAUGGUGAUGGAGAUUAAAAAAUUGGUAAGUGGUGGGGAGUCUAGUAGACUGUGGCUUAUGGGGAUUGCAACUUUUAAGACAUACAUGAAGUGUAAAAUAUGUCACCCAUCCCUAGAAACUAUUUGGGAGCUUCAUCCCUUCACAAUUCCUGUUGGAAGCCUCAGCCUGAGUUUGAAUUUGGAUAGUGGUUUUCAAGCUAAAGAAAGAAGCAAGGCAUUUUCCAAGGAUGCUGCUUUUGAAGAUGUAGCAGAAAGAGUUCAAAGCAAUCUAACUUGUUGCAGGGAUUGCUCAAUAAAUUUUGAAAAAGAAGCUCAAAGCAUAGUUAACAGUGUAAGCAAGAAAGUUUGCACUAUCACUACCAGUAACUUGCCAACUUGGCUUCAAAACUGUAAGGAAGAGAAAAGUGACACAUUGGAAGUUCAGGAAAAUGCAAAGCUUAAAGAUCUGUGCAAGAAAUGGAAUUCAGUGUGCAACUCAAUACACAGACACCCUUCGGUUUUUGAGAAACCAUUUUUUCUUGUUUCAUCAUCUCCUUCUUCUCCCACUUCUGUUUCUUCACUUGAAAGAAAGUCUAGCUUCCAUCACAGCCACCUAAAUUGGCCUAUCAUUUGUGAAUCAGAAAAGUCGGCAAAAGAAUGUGAGCUAUACAGUGAAAGUGGCGAUGAUGGUUAUGACAGCAGUUUCAUAAUGUUCAUGCCAGAUAGAGAUGUUCCUAAACCAGAUCUUUUGUCAAAUCCUAACUCAAGCCCCAACUCAGCUUCUUCAAGUGAAGCAGUGGAGGGUUUGGAAAGCACUGAAAUGUUCAAGGAACCUAAUGAUGAGAAUCAUAAGAUUCUUUGUGAUGCCUUGGAGAAAAAGGUUCCACAGCAUAAAGAAGUUAUUCCAGAGAUUGCAAGUACGGUUCUUCACUGUAGAUCAGGAAUGAGAAAAAGAGAGAAGCUCUCGGUGAAGAGAGAGGACAAUCAAGAAACAUGGAUGUUGUUUCUUGGUGUGAAUUGUGAAGCGAAAGAGAGCAUCUCAAGGGAGUUAGCUAAAGUUGUUUUUGGGUCUUACAGUAACUUUGUCACAAUUGGCAUGAGCAAUUUCUCUUCCCCAGAGGAUGAUUCCAGUGAUGAAAAGUCCAAAAGGAAGAGGCCAAGAGAAGAGUUGAAAAGCACUUAUGUUCAAAGAUUCGGAGAAGCAGUGAAUGAGAACCCUCACAGGGUCUUCUUCUUGGAAGACUUGGAUCAAGUUGAUUACUUUUCUCAAAAGGGUCUAAAGCAAGCAAUUCAAAGUGGAAGGAUAACACUUCCUUGUGGUGAAUCUGUUCCUCUCAAAGAUGCCAUUGUCAUUUUCUGUUGUGAAAGCUUCUCUUCGCCAAAGUCAAGAUCUCCAGUGAGAAAAACAUCAUCUGAAAACCAAAGGAAAGAGAACACGAAUGAUGAGAGUUUUUCUAUCCUCUCUUUGGAUCUCAAUAUUGCCAUUGAAGAUGACAGUGGAAAUGUAGGUGGAUACAUUAGUAUCCUAGAGUUAGUUGAUAAACAAAUUAAUUUCGACAUAGAAUUGUGAUAGGGAGGGGAAAAGGACAAUGAUGUUAUGUUAAAUUUGGUUGUUGUUUUUUUUUUGGAUUGUUUUGGAGUUACACUUAGUGGGGUCAGGGAGAAAAGAAAAAUAUGAAUGGAAAAGUUGAUUAGAUAGAGAUAUAAUAUAGCUUCUUAAUCUCUGCAUGUCUUAUGGUUGAUUAAUGCAGAUGGUACAUUCAGGAAGAAGAGAAUGAGUCUAUGUAUAUGUUAAUUAAUGUGCUCAAA